AUGAAUACCACAGUCACCAUGGAAAAACCGUGGCCGCAAGUUCAUCCAGCUACAUCGUUGAAAGAAACUUGUAAAUAUGUUACCAAGAAUUCUCAGCUUGGAGAUGGGCAGUUCAGUGUCGUCAAGGAGUGUAUGAACGUUCAAACGCGUGAUAGAUAUGCGAUGAAACUGGUACAUAAGAAUACGAUAAAGGGGAAGUUAUGGUUAAUCCAGCGCGAAGUAACUCUGCUCAAAAAGGUGAGUAAUAGGAUACGUCAACUAGAACAUGCACACUCUACAACCCGUGAUACUUUUGAAGGGCAUCAUCAUGUUUUGCAGCUUUUUGAUUUCUUCGAGACUCCAAAGAAUAUAGUGCUCGUCACCCAACUCUGUUCCAGUGGAGACUUAUACGAUAAGGUUAUCCAAGCAGGGUCCUUAGAUGUUGCCAGUCAAGUCAAACCUUAUACAGCAUGCCUGCUAAGUGCUCUUGAUUUCCUCCACGAAAAUGGUGUGGUGCACAGGGAUAUCAAAUCCGAAAAUGUGCUUUUUCGUUUGCGGGUGCGUGGUGACGAAGUGAAGCCAGCAAAAUUUGCAAAUUACGAUCACACUGCGCACGACCUCAUUUUGGCAGAUUUUGGUCUGGCGACUGAGCUUACCGCCCGUGACGAUGAAUUACGAGAAUACGUUGGCACCUUGUCGUAUAUUGCACCCGAAAUCGUUCGCUGUAAAGGUAUCGAAAAGCUGCCGCCUUCGGAGGGUAGAUGCGUCCCUCCUUACGGAACCUCUGUCGACAUAUGGGCGCUAGGGGUGCUAAGCUACUUUAUGAUGACGGGCUAUAUGCCUUUUGAUUGUGAAACCGACGACGAAACUCGCAAGUGUAUUAAGGAUGGGGACUACUAUAUCGAUGAAGAAUUGCACAGCGACCCCAAACCAGAAGUCCAACACUUCUGGAAUUUCAUUCUAUCAUGUUUCACUGUUGAUUCUUCCAAGAGGCCUCUUGCUAAAGAUUUGAAAAGUCAUCCGUUUGUCAGAGAAUACUUUCACCGCACCGGCAAUCAGGAGUCAUUUCCAGGUGAUAUGCAGAUGAAGAGAAGUAGAUCAUCAUCUUCUAUUCACUCGAUAGGGCCACCAUCAAGAUCGACCAGCUCAUCUUCGAUAAUAUCGUUAGGGCGGGUGGAUAGCCGGCCUGUUUCCAGAGUGAACUCUAGAGAGCGGAAUUUGAACAAAAUAAGAGAGACAUUGAAGAAGACUUUGUCAAUGACAUCUAUUUCGAGGUCCACGGACUUCAAUUCUCACAGCUCUGAAAACAAGGUAUUUUCUACAUUCAAAUUGGAUCCACAGCCACCUACUAAUUGCCUGAUGAACGGAUGCUUCAGUUUGACGCCAGAAAGCAGAUCAAAUUUUAACACCUCGCCUGCAUUGUCAAGAAACAACUCUACGAACGAUGUCAGACUUAUCACACCGACAGAUGAAGGUGUAGCCGAUUUAACUAGACAAACGACUGUUUCCAAUCCAUGUAGCAGUCAAAGUAUUCCUCUGCAUACGACAACUGCACCAAAACUUGUAACGACACCAAAAAUGAAGCAUCAUGCAACAUUUGAUAUAAUGAUGGGAGAAGAUGAAGAUGAUGAAGACGAAGUAAUUUAA